AUGCACAGAUCAAAAUCAUUAUCCUUACCACUCUCAUUAUCUACAUCAUCAGAGCCACAAACACAACGAAAAUAUACAACUACUUCUCUAAAAUCACCAUUGGACUUUCCAGAUAUGCCUCAUUUCCCUGAUUUUUCUGACAUCCAAUUUAGUUUUGCCAAAACACAUGCACCUUUAUCAACAGUCAUUUCCCCAGUUGAUGAACAAUUCCGAUUGGAAGAAGCAGUUAUUCCUCCCUUGCCCGAUGUCGACGACUUUAAAAGUAAUGGCAAAAGCAACAAAAUGUCAAUGUCAAUGUCAACGUCAACACCAAGCUCAAUAAAUCACACAAAAAACAGCUCCAUCAGCUCUCAAGAAGAAUUUCAUGAUUUAAUUUUGAACAAACAAACAGCAUGCGACUUGGAUUUUGAUGAGUUAUUAGCCAAUAGGAUCUUGAAUGUUAUCGAUAAAGAAAGCAUUGCGUGGGAUAUCUAG